UGAAUGGAUUCAUUACACGGUAAUAGUAAUAGGAGAAUAUGAACAGAGUACAAAUGUAUUUACAAGAAUGGCAAAUGCCAAUAUGCCAUACAAAACCAGGAUAGGGAGGGAAUGAGAGUGAAUGGAGAGAGAGAGAGAGAAGGGAACAAAGAAUUGCACAAUGCAAUCCUCAGUCUAGAGACAAAUAGUUGAGUGCACUUUAGUCGAAGAUGACACUACUUUCAAUUAAAAGACUCUGACUUGGAUUUUUAGCUCGUACAUGGGUGACAGGAGUUGAACAACCCCAUAAUAAAAUAUUUCAAACAUCUUGACGCAAAUGUGGGCCACGCCGACUUCAAACAUCUUCAAGCAAAUGUGGGCACCGUGCGCGUCAAUCAUCGCUUCCCAAGUUCCCAACUACCUCCGAAGCAACACCCAAUUAGUUUCCUCGACAAUUUCCUAAGAAGACAGCCAAUUCGGCCUUUAAAUAUGAUCAUCAAACCAAGACGCCACAAUCAAAGAGAAGGAAAAAAAGAAAAAGGCAAUUAAGUUGAGAACCAUGGCUGCAGUUGAAGAACCAUUAGUCGAUCAGCUCAACAUAACAGUUGAAGAACCAUUGGUGGAUCAGCUCAACAUUGAAGCUCAUGCAACCCCCCCUCAACAGCUGGCUCCGGCUCAAGAUCAGAAGGCUGUUUUCAAGGCUGGGUUGUUCACAAGUCUCAUCUCCAUUGGAGGGAUUCUAUACCCUCCCAUAACUGCUACGAUUCUGCUCUCAACCGUCCUCCAUUGGCUGCCCGGAUUGACCAUCACAGCAAAAUCAUUGACCAAAAUAGGAUGGGCAUUACUGACAAUUGCAUUAGGGUAUGGGUCUUCUUUGGUUUUAAUGGUUUCUUCUUCUCCUUGGUUUGCCCUCCACCUAAUCUUUCUUUCCAUCCGAUUUAUGUAAAUGCGAAGACUCGGUACAAUAUUUUUAG